CGAGCCGCCUGCACAGCUACCCGGCGAGGGGGGUGGAGCGGGGGAGGGCGAGCAGCAGCCCCCCCACAACUGCCUUAUAGCACGAACGCCUCCUCCUCAGCCAGCCAGAGCUCCCUUUUGGAGGGGGUCCCCCAAGCUCCCGUGCAGUGUGUGCAACCACCCCCUGCCCCCGAAGGGAGAGAGAAGAGCCCGCAAAGCCAGGAAGGAUCCCGAGGGGGAGGGGUAGAAAGGGAGACGAGGGAGCGAGAGCUACGGAGCAAGGCGCUCAGAGGCACGGCAAAGCCCCCGGUGAAAUGCAUUACAGCUGAGGUGACCCGGCCAGCUCCCAGCUCCCACACCCCCUCCCCGGCCGGAUCCCAGCAGCGGGAGCAGCCGCCGCCGCCGCCGCCUAGCGCUGAGCAGGCUCCAGAGCCCGCUCGCACACGCAGCCAGGCGCGCAGCCGGGCCGGAGGCGAGGGAGGAGGCCGGGGAAGGAUGGCAAUGUCUCUGAUCCAGGCGUGCCGCAGCCUGGCCCUCUCAACAUGGCUGCUCUCCUUCUGCUUCGUGCAUCUGCUCUGCCUGGACUUCACGGUGGCCGAGAAAGAGGAGUGGUACACGGCCUUCGUGAACAUCACCUACGCCGAGCCGGCGGCCGGCAGCCCGGAGCUGCGCAGCGAGAAGAGCGAGUGCGGGCGCUACGGGGAGCACUCGCCCAAGCAGGAUGCCCGGGGCCAGGUGGUGAUGACCGUCUCCGCCCACGACCGGCUGGCCUGCGACCCCCACACCCGCUUCGCCGCCCCGGGCCAGGGCAAGAGCUGGGUCGCGCUGAUCCCGAAGGGCAACUGCACGUACAAGGAUAAGAUCCGGCACGCCGCCGCCCAGAACGCCUCGGCAGUGGUGAUCUUCAACGUGGGCUCCAGCAGCGCCAACGAGACCAUCACCAUGCCGCACGCAGGUGUAGAAGAUGUUGUAGCAAUAAUGAUUCCUGAGCCUAAAGGAAAAGAGAUAGUGAGUCUGCUGGAGAGAAAUGUUACUGUGAUGAUGUAUAUAACAAUUGGAACACGCAACUUGCAGAAAUACGUCAGCCGUACCUCAGUGGUGUUUGUCUCCAUCUCCUUCAUCGUGUUGAUGAUCAUCUCCCUGGCAUGGCUGGUCUUCUAUUAUAUCCAGAGAUUCCGAUAUGCAAAUGCCAGAGACAGAAACCAGCGCCGUCUUGGAGAUGCUGCAAAGAAAGCAAUCAGCAAGCUGCAGGUCAGAACAAUCAGGAAAGGUGACAAGGAAACUGAGCCAGAUUUUGAUAACUGUGCAGUUUGUAUUGAAGGUUACAAGCCCAAUGAUGUUGUCAGGAUCUUACCAUGCAGGCAUCUUUUUCAUAAAUCUUGCGUAGACCCAUGGCUGCUAGACCAUCGCACCUGCCCUAUGUGCAAAAUGAACAUUCUAAAAGCUCUAGGGAUUCCGCCAAAUGCGGAUUGCAUAGAUGAUAUACCUCCAGAUUUUGAAGCUUCCAUAGGAGGACCACCAACUAAUCAGAUUACAGGAGCUAGUGAUAUAACUGUGAAUGAAAGCUCUGUAGCUCUGGAUCCUCCUGUCCGGACUGUGGGAGUACUACAAGUCAUCCAGGAUGCAGAUCCUCUUCCCCAGGUUGGAGAGGGUAACUUCACAACAAGUAGUGAACAGGAGCCAGCAGUCAGCAGUGAUUCUGAUAUAUCAUUGAUUAUGGCGAUGGAGGUGGGACUGUCUGAUGUGGAGCUUUCCACCGACCAAGACUGCGAAGAGGUGAAAUCCUGAAAAACAAGCAGAAAACCCUACUAAACUAAAGGGUAGGCAUGAGGGGCAGGGACAGAGUCAGCUUUCUAGAAUUUGGACCAGUCACAUACUCUCUCUCACGCUCACACGCAUACACACACACUUAUACACACAUACACCCCUCUAGAACACUGUCAAUCCAGUGCACUCCUUUCUGAGAUGGUCAUGAAAAAGCAAUAGCAACAGUUGCGUCUACCUGGAUGCAGUUUCAUCAUCUACAUAUGUCUGUUUUGUUCACGUGGAAGAUGAAAGCUUAUUGUUUUCCCACUCGCUUAAAAGCAAUCCUGUACCUCUUCAGUGGCUCGUAAGUGUACAACUGAAAUGACAGCUUGAGUGUUUUCUACUCUUGUUCAUUGUUUUUUUAAAAGAAGAUGUUUAUUUAUAGUUGAUUAUCGAUGAACACUGGGUUUUUUUUCACUGACUGACCCCAGCUUUUCCAAGAGUUCAGUCUGGAAGUUUGAAUUCCUCUUCUCUGAUCAUUUCAUGAUCUGUCUCCAGGAUUUAUUAUUGCCUUGACAUUUCUGCAUGAAGUAUGCAUGGCUUUGAAAAGAAACAGUGCUUCAGCACUCUCUAUUAAUAUGAAGCCUAUUUUCUUUAAGAUUUUAAAACCUUUGAAGUGGGUCUUGGAGAUUAUAUCUUCAAGAGGCCUUUACUCAUAUGAGUUGAAGCCUCCAAUUAAUUGACAUUGGUGUCUUGUUGUUUAAAACUGCAUUAUGUUGGCUUUGACUUACAGAGCUCAAUUAAAUGCACAGACAGUAACGUGUAAGAGAGAAAAAUAAUGGCACUAAACUUCAUGCUGUACUUGCUAUAUUUUCUGCCAUUGACAGCUCUGGUAUUAAUGGCCUUCCUCCUGACUUCCUUGUUUAGUAGCUGGAAAACAGGAUCUAGUUUAAAAUCAGGUACUUCCUUAAAUUUAAAAACAAAAAUCAGCAGAUCAAUGAGUGAGCAGUUUCAAGAGGGCACUUGGUAAUCCUCAUGUGGUAUUUGUGGCUGAUGGAAAUACUUUUAGAAAAGGUCUGAACUGCAAAGACGAUUACAUUGUCAGUUUCCAGAAUAAAUAGUUAAACCAAGAGCAGCUGGACAAAUUGUUUACCUUCAUAUUUUUAAGUGCAAUUUUUGCACCAGAAUUGUUAGCAAACACAAGGAUUUAGGUGACUCUUCAGAGACCUUUCUAGAGACCUCUGAAUGUGGCAAUACGAGUCAGAUGAGCUACUCGUGUAUUUGAACCUGAAAAAAAUUUCAGCAGAAGAAUUCAGUUUUUUUCUGGCUGAUAGAUUAAAUAUUAAGGCAUCGUAUCAAUGCCAAAACUGAAGUCUUUAACUGUUAGUAGCCUGUCUUUAACUAUAACUUACAGAAAUGCACCACUUAUUCAGGGGGCAAUUUUAUGUUUCAGUCAAAAUAUUCAAGUGCAAAGGAGGACUGUCAGCUUGUUUAUAAGAGAGUGAACAUUUUCUUUUGACAGUCACAUGAUUUGUAUCACAUUACCCCCUCUUGAGCAGGUAAGUGGAAUCAACAGCACACAGCUCAUAUACAAAUUGCAAGGAAAGGAAAACUAUUUUCACCUAACUGUAUUAUAGCAGAAUCUCAAAAUGCCACUGUGUUAUUUCAGCAUUGCCAUUUUAAUCUCCUCUUUUCAGACAUUUAUACUUUAACUAUAAAAAUUUACUCCCUGUUGAAACAUGGGCACGUGAGGUCUUACAGUAGGAGGAGUUUAACAAUAUUUUUUUUGAAAAGCUAGUUGAUUCUUUCUUAAAUUACAGGAUGGGUCGGGAAGAGGGAGAGAGAGGGUUUGCUGGACUCUUUUUGUCCAGUUAUGACUCAAUUCGUUUUGUAGAUGAAAUUUUGAGUAUUCUUAGUCCACACAAGUGAACUAGGAGCUUUCAGCAUAAUAACCCAAGCUAAUGACAAUUCAAAACUGUGGCCGGUGCACACACCAUUACCUUUUUAUAAACAGUUUUUAAAAUAUAUCUUUUUGUUGUAUUAAAGGGACAUAGUCAACUGGAAAUCUAGUCAGUUUGAAAAGCAAGCUAAAGGUAGUGUCAGACUCUUCACUUGCUUCGUGUCAACCAUUGCCAAUAUUUGUGGGUUCAAAAAAAUCUUCUUAUAAGCUUUUUCUGUUCACUCUUUCUCUGUGAAAUGUUCACGCUAACCUCAGGGGAAUGUGACUGACAGAGUGAAGUACAUCUUUGGGCACAAGGCAACACAUAAGCCCCAGAAAUAAUACUGAAAUGGGAUGUAAGUGAUGCAUAGGCCUUGUGCACAGGGAUGAAAUUCACCUAAAUUGGCUAUACAGGGGAAAUAAGGAAACUGAUUAUACACAAAGAGCUCUCAAUACACAAAGUAAACAAACUGAUGAAGUAGAGAGAGAAAAUUCACUAAUCUCUCCCAGUGACAGUCAUCUUAGGUGUUACUUGGAUCAAGAGUAAGUUUAAAAAAAGGUUCUGACAGAAACAUGAUGUUUAAGUUGACUGUGACCCUUAACAUCAAAUAUUUGCAGACCAUGAAUAGACAGAACAAUUAGAAUCAUCCUUAAUGCCGGAGCAUGAAUUGCAGUGUAGCUGACUCAAAGCAUUUAUUUUAUUACAAAACUUUUGUUAAACUAAUGUCAAGGGUGAGCGUUACCAGUUAUCUCUAACCAUCUCCAUAUUGAGAUGAUCCCAACAUUAAGGCAGGCGAGGUCAGUACUUCCGUGAGGGAUGAAAGAAAACCCUAACCCCUUGAUUUGGUUGGGACUGAGGCACAUGUUGUGAAUGGGGAUGCUUUCCUAAAUCAGGACCUGAUUGAUAAAGUGUUCUUUGUAUUUGAAAUUUGUCAAGCACCUUGGGAAUCUUUGGCUGAAAGAUUAUUACAUUACGUUAUUAAACCCACAAAAUCAGGGAAGUUAGUGUUAAGACUAACUCCACAUAACUCAUCGUACUGUGCAACGGUAUACUGUAAUACAUAUAGGCCCCAAUCCUACAAAUAUUUAUAGAGAUAAUUAACUUUACUCAUAGGAAUAGCCCAUUGAUUUCAAUGAUGCUACUCACAUGAGUAAAAUUAAGCAUGUACUUAAGAAUUUGCAAGAUUUGGGGAAUAUUAUGCGAGAUUACCCCCUGCAUAGACCUCCCUGUAAUUUCUGCUUACCAUUAUGUUUAAUAUUGGGGUUCAGUAGUAAAGGCUCAGUCCAGCACUGAAUAUCCAUUGACUUCUGGGCCUCAGAUGCUGGCUGUACAGGCAGCCUGUCUCCUGUCCAGAAAACAAGUCAGCCUGCCUUAGGGAAAUGGCGAGUUCAUGGAAAUAGAGCGUUACAAUCUGAGGGAGGAGAACUGUCUACUGUCUGUUUCUCUUCACCAACAUCACCAUACCUGCUGGUGCUGCAAAGCCCAUUAGAGUUCCUAGCUACUACUAGAGCUAGAGUAACCUCCUGCACAGUGUCACUGGCUGGGGAGACAGAUCAAUGCUUUAAGGGUAUGUCUACGAUAGAAAUGCUACAGGUGCAGAACUGCAGUUGUGCCACUGUUGAGCUGGAGUGUAGAUAAUCGGUACAGCAAUGGAAGGGGUUCUUCCAUCACUGUAGUUAAUCCACCUCCCCGAGGGACAGUAGCGAGGUCGACGAAAUAAUUCUUCCACUGACCUAGUGCUGUAUACACCGAGGCUUAGGUCGGCUUAACUACAUUUCUCAGGAGCAUGAACUGUUCACACUGCUGAGCAGCAUAUCUAGGUCAACCUAAAUUUUAGGUGUGGACCAGGCCAAAGAAAAGAAAAUUCUUAUUGUGGGAAGAGAAUCCUUUUGCUUCUACCCUCUUUUGCUGUUCUUUUCAUCCACAUGAGCGUUUCUCUGAUUUCCCAUUCACGAUGUGGGUGAAUGGUGAGAAAUCUUUAGCUCCUCCCUGGAUGAAUUUCAUACCGAAUAAUACCUUUAACACAACCCUUUAAAAUAUCUUCCAGUUGCUGACCUUGUUCAGUAUUCUGCAGCACCAUUCCCAGAAGCCAUUGAGCUGAUCAGAGACUGUGACUUCACCUCUGGGGAAGGCCCAGGCUUGGGCAGCCAUGUAAUGCAGAGAUUGUUACUGAGGGGGUUGUUUCUCCUUUGGAUAAGCAGUAACCUCUGCAGCUGUGUAACUUAGGAAGCCUGAAGACUCUUCAGGGAUCAGCAGUUGAAGAUGUGAAUUUGGGCAGACAGAGCCCACACUGUGAAUUUCUCAUGGUUUCUGUGGGUUUAAUUAAGCUACAUUCCAAAAGACCAGCUGAGCGUGUGAACCAUGUAAAAUGUGCAUGGACAAAACCCUGCACUUGGGGAAAAAAAUGCACUCACAGGAUACUAACGUUUGCAUGUGUAAAUUGGGUUUGUGAACACAAAUAUGGGUCUUGUGCCAUCUGCCAGCUGUGCAUCAAUUCUCCCUGUUUCACCCAUUCUGCAAGGGGCUGAAAAAUUGACAUGAAAUGUUACUUUUUUUCUGAUUUACAGUAGUUUUAGAACUUGGGGAAGCACUGGGACAAUCAUAGGUCAAUAAUUUGUAGACAGAAUAAAUUGAUUUAAUCUUCCUGGUCUCUACAGUAUUGAAUCCACAUGUGUAUGUGCACAGACAGAAUGAUAUGAUUUUUAAGAAUGAAUUGUAAUGAAAACAGCAGGAGAUAGAAAUUUAGUCAGUUUUUGAUUUAGAGACAGUGACACAAAAAAGCUAGUUUAAUAGCUUUUAAAUUAUUUAAUAAUUUAAUUGAAAACUAUUGAAUUCAUACAUGGGGAAAGCAAGGAGGACAGCUUGGUUCCUAUCAUCAAGGUGAUAGCUUUGUUAGGAAGUGGACCUAGGACCUUUAUAGGAGGUUUUCCAUGGACUUCAGUGAGAUGUGGAUCUGGCCCAUGGGAAGCAAUUGUAAGAGGUUAGUAUUUUAAUAGGAAUUUGUCACUUGUUACAUGAAUAGUUAGUGAUAUAAUCUCAUUUCUGAUAGAGGUGGGCCCAAGUAACAGACUUCAGAUCCAGAUCGAAAUUUGAACUAUCCCAAAGUUUGAAGGUGUCAGGAACCAAGAUUUGGUUUAGGGCCAUCUCAGGUUUCUGUUGGUUUUUUUUUCACCCUCCUCCUCUUCUGAAUCAAAACCAUCUUGUCUAAUUAUGAAUUCUUCCAUUAUUCAAACAGAGCUGAAUUUCCCUGACAGGCAUUUGCAGACUGCUUUGCACAUGUGUGUGCCUUUAAUUGGCAAACGUCAGCUACUGAUUUUCCAGAAUAUGGAUUUUAUUUGCAAUUUCUAUUCAAUGUAGAAACCUUAGAGUGCAGUAAUUUUUUUGUAUAGAUUUUCAGACUUACAUCCCUAUGAAUUUUCUCUGUUUAAUAUACAUUGCAUUACUUCCACCAGGAAAAUUUAUGAUUAAAAGGCAGUGAUCAGGGCACAGGCUUUUAUAUAACACAGGAUGCAAAUCCUGGUCUUGACAAGUGGUCAGAGUUGCAAUGACAAUGCAUGUUAUGUACAGCGAAGGCAAAUGCAUUUCAGCUGAGCAGCUGUGAAUUGCCCAGAUUUUAUUUAUAGGUGGCUUGUUCCUAACCAGUAACUAUCCCUAGGAAAGCUUAGGGCUAAGCAAAUAGGCCAGAAUGAGCUACAGGGAUAUGGCCAUGUGGUCUGGGCAUAUAAAGGUCAGCACUGGCAAAUGAUCACUUACUGAUUUUUAUUUCUCUUUAAUUAGUAAUGUUUUUUUCCCCCCGAUAGGGAUGUUUCUGUAGAUAUCUAUAAAAGAGAAGGAUGCAAAUCCAAGCCAUAGCAUCAUGAAUAUAUGCUGUAUCCAAGUUGAUCUGACUUUACAAACUGAAAUUGUAGCACCAGAUUUUCUGGUGUGAUGCAUCCACUUUGCACCAUACCCCGAGUGUAUUUUGGCCCUACAGCAUCUUAACCAACCCACAGGGAAUCACUCUAGUGUAAGACUGAUCUUGCAGAGUCACACAGAUGAUAUAGGGGCUCUUAGCCCAUCCCACUCUCUGCUUUCUGUGUUGCAGAGGGAAGAGGGCAAGGUCAGAAUAACACCAAUCCUCAGCAACAUUUUUUGCCCUGGCGGAUUUGGCAGCAUAAUUUAGAGCAGCCAUUAGGUUACUCUAACUCAUUACAAGAGCCGUAAUCUUCCCAGAAGAGCAACAAGAUUAUGAGAGUGGAAAUGUGAGCUUUAUGCCAACUUUGUAUAGCACCCCUGAUAUGUGCUAUAUGAAGCUUACCCACACCCCUGGAUCUGGCCUGUACUGCAUAUUGGCCCUGAUUUUUAUUUACACUAAAACUCUUUACACCACUCUGGCAGUGCAAAGAGGCCUCAUUGUAAGCAAGAAUGAGGGAGUCUUCUUUGGUUACAACAUAAUGAAGUUUAAAUACUUAGUAAAAGUAAAAGUACUUGUUGUUUGAGGAUUUUAGGGUAACCUAAGCACUCAUAUCAACACUAAUGAGGCCAACAGUCUAACAGCUGGAUUGUUCAGGAAAACUGAGCAUUGACUAAUUUAUUUUAGAGAGCCAAAGAAGUUAACCAUAUAUUGGUCAAUUAGUGUCAAAGAAUUUAAUUGGUUUGCUUAGAGUAAUAAUUUAAAUAAUGAAAUAUUUUAUAAGCGAUAGGAAGAACAGGGUGACACUGUUACUUUAGUGGACAUUUUUCUAAUAGCAGCAGUUGAUCCAACACAACUAGUUCUUUUAGUUUAGCACAUUGUUGCCUGAACUAAUUGAUACUUUUGCUGCUGAAAAAAGAACACCAGACGGACUUUUUAGUCUGGAAUUUGUUCAUGUACCAUAUGGUACUUAUUGAUUGAUGAAGUGAAUAGUUAAGGAGAAGAGCGCCCUCUGCAGCACAGUUUCUAAUCUGCCGGCUAGCGUUUUCAAAGGACUUACUCAUUACAACCAAUACUAGCUCUUCAGCAAUUGGGAAUUUUUGUCACCAAUAAAAAUACUAGUUCUUCAGCAACUGAAAAUGUGGUCCAUAUUUUACAAAACAAUGCAAAAGGGGAAGGUGCAUUAAGGAUGCCGUGAAGUUUCAUUGAAAAGCCAAUGAAAGAACUUUUCACCUGAAAAAGUCAGUGUUUCUCAAAUUAUGUUCUUUGUGAUUCGGUGGAGUGAAUGCAAAAAAAAAAAAAGAAGAGAACAUUUUUUCCUUACAAUUUUUAAAAAGGCAUCAGAAUCAACAUACUUCUUUGCUAUGAAUGUAAAAGGUUAUUGCAGUUGUGAAAUAUCCAAGUGUUUUGUAUGUGUACAUAGUCUCAUCCUUACUUCCUGUUUUAUGUUAUUUACCUGAAAUGGCUGUACCAUUUUAUAAUUAGAAAUAUAAAAAGGGGAUGGGGUUGGGAGGGGUUAUUUUUUAGCAAGAUGUUCCUUGUAUUUAGUGAACAUUGAAAAUGAUUUUGUACUUGUCAAAAUAUACAUUCCAUCCAUUUCCAGAAAAUAAUUAUUUUUAUUUAAAAUAGUUUUUAAACAAAAACAAAAAAAUGUGGCAUCCACUUAGCAUGCAGUUCAUGAACAGAGCAAAAAUAUUCCGGUCUCUGGCAAUGGCUCCACAGUUUUCUCUAGUGAUGUAUGUUCCAGCAGACCAGUACCAGCAAAUGCCAGUAAAAAAAAUAAAAAUAAAAGGAAAAAAUAAAAUAUUUAAUUCCUUGGUGUAUUUUAUUUUGUGUUUCAGAGAAAGACCUGCGUAUCUUACUGAAAUUAUGUCCAGUUAGAAAACUGUAUUAUAAUAGUGAAAUAUUAAAAAUUAGAGCAUAAUCCUGCUUCUCAUACCUUCCUAAAAGCUGAUGCAGGGGCUGUUGUUCCUAUACACAAAAUGUAUGUUUUGUUUUGCUGAAGACCUGCUAUGAUGAAGGUGUAUUUUGCAGUGAGCCUCCUUAGCUGGCUUUACAAUCCAUUUCUGCAGAGCCUUUGAUGUUUGCUGUAAUAGAGGUUACCCCUUCACCUCUGCAUUAAGAAAUUUUUCUAUCAUCCAAACAACCUCACUUUGAUAUGUGAAACAUCUAACGAAAAACCAUGAAGGAAUUACAUGGUGGUAUUUGCAUAGACAAUUUUUAAUUAAGCAUUCUUUGCUAGCUGUGAAUUGUCUGCCUAAGCAAUGCAGUAGUGGUUUGUGAAGCAAGACAUUUUUCUAAGCUUUAUUUUCUAUACAGUAUUGCAAAUGUAUUUCAAUUUUUAGUUAAGUCUUCGCCGUUAUUUUAUUAUGCAUACAUCUCCCCCUUCAAUGCACUUUAUAUCUCUUGAAAAAUAUGGGAGUCAGCGAACUAUCAUCUUUAAAGGGAUUUGCCUGAAAUCAAGAGGCACAAACUUUUAUUUUGCUUUAGUAUAUACUGUAAAUGCUUAAGAGCAUAGACAGUUGGGGGAAAUGCUGAAGUGUUAAGGCUGAUAUUUGGAAACAUUAUUCAGUAGUACCACCUGGCUAUUUUUGUGAGAGGGUUAUAAUGUAAAUAUGUGAGACUCUGUUAUGUACUAGUUAAAUAUUGCAGCUAUAAAAGUUAAGAUUGUGAAUACUAAGAAAUUUUAAUGCAACUUUUUUAAUAAAAGUGGAUCUGA